AGUCCGGUCAUGUUUGUCAUUUUUUUUCCCCGUUCGUUAGCUGUUUCGCUCUGUCAGUUGCCGCCGCAAGUGAAAAUAUCGGAAAAAUCACGAAAACUCCGGAUUCGCAUAUUUUGAACCGCUUCGGAAAAUCGGGAAAAAGGUGUGAAAAACUUUGGCCCCUUGUGUAUCGUACGUGCGAAACGGUUACGCGAGUGAUAAAGUGCAUCCAGAGAGUGGAAUUGAGUGGCGAACCUUGGUGCAGCCCGGAGAAAUCGACGAAAAGAAAUUGCGAUUUUCACUCGCAGCGGACGGGCGGACGCAACGGAGCUGACGUAGCAAAAUAUCAGCUGUUGAAAAUCGUGGAAAUCCAGGCCAAAGCAUAUUCAUUUUCAACACCGAUCACGCUGAGCAGGCGAGCGAGCGCAAAAGCACCAGGACGAUCGCCACGAAGCGAUGGAUGUGCAUCCGUUGAGGCACUAAAGUAGCAUGCCUCAGCAAAAGAAUCAACUUUCCGCCGUUAUAAAGGGCCGUGGCCAGGCCGGUUUUAGCGAGUACGAAGUGCUGAAAAUUUUCUGCGAUGUGUGCGAAUCGUUGGCUCAGUUGCACUGCUGCCAGGCGCCAGUAGCCUAUCGCGAUUUGAAGGUGGAGAAUGUGAUUCAGAACGACAUGGGACGGUUUAUUCUGGCCGACACCGGUACGGCCACAACACGGUUCCUGAACCCGUCGGCGCACGGGAAGAAAGCCGUCGAGGAGGAAAUUCAGAAGAACAGCACCCAAGCCUACCGGGCACCGGAGAUGGUGGAUCUGAAUUCCGGCCACAGCAUUACGACCAAGUGCGACAUCUGGGCUUUGGGAUGCCUGCUGUAUCGUCUGUGUUUCGGGUCGCUGCCUUUCGGAGAAAGUUCCAAAGCCAUCGUUCACUGUCAGUACAACAUUCCAGAAAAGUGCAAAUAUUCACCGGACCUGUGUCAAUUGAUUCGCUUCCUGUUGGAACCGGACCCGGAGAAACGUCCCAGUAUCUACCAAGUGUGUGAGUUUGCAUUUAAAAUCUCCGGGAAGGACAACCCACUCCGAAUCGCCCGAGAGCGACAGAAAUCCUUCAGCAACUGUUCCGAUCACAAUAACGAUCACCGGAAGCACCAUCAAUCUGGAUCAUCUACGACGGUGCUACCGCCGCCUUCCUUAGCUGCUCCGAUCAGUGUCAGCACCAGUGUCGCACCGCGGUCCCGUCCCAAGGGGCAGCAUUCCGGCACCGGGAGUGGAUUUGGCAACCUGGGACCCCCGCCUCUGAAUCCAUCGCCGAAGAAUGUGGUGGUGUCACCGGUUCCCGGAGGAAACAGUGAAGUCAUCGACGGCAGACAGAGUUCAACGAUUCCGGAGAGGAGGACUGGCAGCACCACAUUUGUGGCCAAUUUUAGUGAAAAUUUCCCGACAGCCCCGGUUAAGCAUAUAGCAAAGAGUCCAGCCGGGUUGAGCAUCGAUUUGCAGCUUCAGGUGGCUGGCGGCGGAGACACCCAGCGAGGUGAUGGAAGUUUCAGACGUUUCUCAUCAGAUGCCAAACAUCUUCUGGUACCGUCAUCGGUGGAUCCUUGCUCGCAGAAAGACAAACCAGCUGCCGUUUCGCCGUUAUCUCUGUUGUCUCCUUUUGAGCCCGAACCACCAUCCUCGUCCUCAUCGUCGACGCGACCGCGUCCCACAACCCUUCAACCAGCUGGAGGUCAUCUCAACUCCAAAUCGUCCACUUCAUCAUCACAGCAUCGCCAUCACCACCAUCACCGUCACCACGCGUUGAGCAACUCGAACAGUGAAAAAUCCCUGGUGUCACCGGUCUCCAGUUCCACUUGGAAUCCAUUUGGCGAUGCAUCCCCCUUCAGUCCCAAUUCGACUGUCCUGGAAGAUCAGCUGUUCGGCGCCGAGUUCGACAAACUGCGUCUGGAAGGCGGUAGCCAGGCGACGUCGAUCGUGACUUCACCGGAAGAGAUGAAGUCCGAAAGCACCUGGUUGCGACGGCCGCAGCAGCAGCCACAACACCAAAGGUUCUCAUUGCCAACCCUAACGCAAGCUCUGUCGACUGGAAUGCUACCGACGGCAACGACUUCCUCUACGGUGAUCGAAGUCGUACCGGAGGAGGAUCCCUUCGGUUCGGCACCGUUCACUCUGCCGAAAUCGUGCCGAGUGACCGGACGGUCUUCAAAGCUGACCUCGAAACUAAGCGAGGUCAUAGCGGGAGCUGCGUGGCGGCACUCGGCGGGAGGCGGAGGAGGUAAGGAAAGCUUGAUUUCGUCUGUUCCAGGGGAGACUUUGAAUGGGGAAAAUGGAAGAGAAGGCAAAAGGGACGAGGGAGUGGACAAGUCCGCGCUGUUGGGAAUUAAGUUGGACGAUUUGAUCAGUGGAGGAGAGAAGGGGUCCCCGAAUUUCAUAAAACUUCCGUUGGACGAUAGGAACAAGUAUGAAAAGUUAAACUCGAACGAUGUUACGUCGGAUGAUAGUGAUUUGGAUCUCUAUCCGGAUUCGACAGGGGGACAGAAGAAGCAGAGCUUCAAGCAGUUUGUGGAGAAUAACAUGCCGGAGAAGUUGCAAGCGGUUUACCACAAGGUCGACAAGGGGCAAAUUAAGAACGUGCAGAUUGUUAAGAAACUACGCGGAAAGGUUGUUAGCAAGGAUGAUGGAAAGAAGGGAUCGAAGGCAGCUAGAACGAAAGACAAGCAACGUGGUAAGGAUUCGGUAGGAGAAAACGAAUGUAAGGAGGGAGAAUCGGAUGACUCAAUCGGGUCGGCGAGUGAUCUAAGAGCGAACGAUGAUUUCCCCGACGGAGAGGAAGGGGAAAUCGGUAAAAUGGUUGCAGGACAACCAUCGAAGAAACUAAAUCGGACGACGUUUGGCGAUGGAAGCGUAGAUGACUGUAUUAGUGAGAGUAUUAAGACGUGUGGAUCAAGUGCCUAUCAUGCUGAAUGUGAGAGUGUCACGACAAACGAGGACAACACUAGUCGAAUCGUCACCAGGGUACGAAUCAAGAAGCGCGAACAUGAUUCGAAACAUAGCGUGAUUGACGAGGAUGAUUCAGGCGAAGAAGAUAUGAUUCAGGGAGAUAAGCCACUCUUGUUGGAUGACGAAUUAGAUUAUGAAUCUGCCCCGGAGAAUAAUACCAGCGGUGAAGAAGUUCUCAUGGAUCCAUUCACUCCGGAGUCUUUGCCCGAUGAGUCGGAAAAACUAACCGAAGAAGACGAAAUCGAUCUGGAUCCAUUCGCGAUGGCUCCGUUCAAAAAACCUGCAGUUCCUAAGCGAAGCAGUAUUAAGUAUCAACCUAACGUUAACCCUAUCCCGGAAAACUGUCCUACCAUACCAGCACCGACGCUACCUCCAACUAUAGACAACUUUUGCACAUCUACGCCCAUCAAACCUGUUAGAUCUCAACCCGAGCCCAGUGAUCCUCCACCGGUGCUACCACCUAAAGCGGUGGUAGCUCCAGAACCGGUAACCUUCAGCGAACGGUCUCCCAACACCCGAACCGAUCUCUUCGGCUCGGAGCCAUUUCCCUCGCUUAUCCUGUCGCCCCCUCUAGUCGCUGUCCGUCCAAUGCCGGACCCAGCACCAAUUCCUACGGUUACCGUUCCAUCGGGAUCCGUCGCACUAACGCACAUCAUUCCCAAUACGAUGGCAGCUUUACCUAUGGUCGUGCCUCCCUUGGAACCGGCAGUGCCGCCCCCUCUUCCUCCUAAGCAACCCCCUCAGUCUCAAACCUUGAAUGCCCGGACAUCCUACAUCAACUUCAGCCAAAUUCCGUCGCAAAGCGUCGGCAGCAUCUCCCCGGACAACAACUACGUCGAUUUCCAGGCAGAUUACGAAGAAGACGACGACGUGCGGAAGCUGAAAUCGGAUGAGUACUACGACAUCAGCAGCGACACGGUUGUGAAGAGUUCCUCCAAAGUGGGCAGCAGCGGUGGAUUCCUCAGCAAGAAGGAGAAGUUCAAGUACAACUCCCUGAAAGAUCACAAAAUUUCCCCGGGCAAAGAGGAGUCCGGUUUCCAAGGUAUCCUGCUAGCAGGAUCUGCUGGAAACCACGCCUCAAAAAUUCCAGUAAAGCUUAGCCAAAAAGUUAAAGUAAAUGUAGGCAGCUACAAGAAGGUGUCCACCAAGGGAAGCAAGAAGGAUAAAUACAACGGAGCCGGUGGUGGUGCCGAGGCCAUGGACAACGGCACCAAGACCAAGGCCAGCAAAAAUAUGGCCUUCAGCAACAUGAGCUUCGAAGAUUUUCCAUCGGACGAAGCCCUCGAGGAGCAACAGCUGCAGCAGCAGCAGCAUUUGCACCGUGGUGGGGGUCUCCAUGCACCGUUCGAGGUUAUCCGAAACGAGCGGACCCUGCUGGAAGCGGAGAAGAAGUUCGGAUCGCUUAAACGGCGGAGCAAUCCGUUCUCAUGAUUGUACGCCUUGGAGGCUCAGAAGCGGAAGAAGUGAGGGACGGCGGCUGCGGCGCGCUCAGGACUGUCGACUAGGGUUGGUGAGUGAUAUAUUUAUUUUGUAGUAUUUUUAGUAUUUUAGUAGGGACGUUUUUUUGUUGAAGAAAGUUGAACAGCGAGACUGAAUCUCAGUUGUUUGAAUGGUGAGAUGUUAGGUAUUGCAAAGUUACAAUACUGGAAUCGGUUUUAUAUAAAAGUAUCUCAGUGAGGUUGAAGUUUUAGGUGCAUACGAAAAAGGUCAACAGUAACAUUUACGAAUGAAACGAUUUUUCAUUUUUAGGAUUUUUUUUUGCGAUUUGACUAUGCUUUUUAGAAGUGCAUACCUACCGUGUGACAUGAUGGGUAUUUAAAUCGUGAAAGGAUUCAUUAAGAUGCGAACAAUGCUUUCAUCAUUCAGUUUCAAUCAGCCGUACUCGGGUUCGUAUAUUUUAUGUCUAUGGCUGUGCCUGUGCCAUUUGGGAUAAAGUCAUUUAUUAGAAGACAGUCUGGAAUAAGGUCAUUUGGCAUAAUGGUGGUUUAGCACAAUAAACAUGGCAGCUGAGGAUUCUAGCUGAGCCAGCUUGUGUUUCCACGAAGAAGUUGGAGAUCGGGAGAUUUAUAUUCAACUGUCCUACCGAAAAAUGGAGUUGAAUCAGAUGUUACUGUCAAGACGGGGAUUCCCAAAUUGAAACUGAGAGUUCAUCCAGAAACUCCAUUGCAAGAACUUCUCCGGGAACUUCGCCAGAGAUUAUUUCUGGAUUUCCUCUAGAGAUUGCUCUUAGAAUCCCCAGGACUUGUCGCAAAAUUCUUUCCGUAUUUGCCCCCGGAAUUCCUCUUGACAAAUCUUAUUGAAUUAUUGUCCCAGUUUUUUAUUCUAGAUUCUUGCCGAGAUUCCUUCGGUUAUAAUAGUUUUUAAUAGAAUCCUUACCAUAUUUUUGAUACCUAUACUUAAAAAUUACUUUUCCCCCACUACAAUUUUAGUUUACUUUAUCAUCUCACAUAGUUAAUUCUCAAUGUCUCUUACUCUCAAUCUUUUUUUUAAUAUAAUACUAAGGUACUAAUCUAAUUUUGAGAGUGAGACAAUUUAAGUGAGAGAGCGAGGAAGCUCUCUUCUCGAGUGUCUAAUUGGAAGAAGGCUGUUUAGCAUUCUGUUACGGUCGCCAUGUCAUAAUGAGCGGAAUGGUGGUGAAAUGCGAAAAAUGCAUCCAUCUCUAAAAUUUCGAUUUUGUCUUUUAUGUCUACCAUCCAAUGUACUUUCUAUUAGUGCAUCGGUCUAUUUUUCGUUCAAAUCCAAUUCCAAUUCAAAUCCUAGUUUAUAGUAUUCGCUUAUUAUUUCAGUUUCGUUUUAUCCAGUUGUAUCCAGUUUACAACUGGAUAAAAAGAAACUGAAAUAAUAAGCGAAUACAUACUAUAAGCUCCUAACUCUAAGGUAUCCUGAUACACCCAAUCGCAAAUCCACAGGCUGGAUCCUUAGAUCCAGAGGUUCCUGUUGAGGGCUGUCCCUGAACCUCAGAAACUCAGAGAGGGAAAUCCUGAGGUAUGCUACCUCACGUUCGUCCGGUCGUCGUCCGAGUUCCAUUGUGGCCUAUAGGAUAUGAAUUAGUACAUUUCCUGACGAUUAAGUCAAAAAAAAAAUACUUUAUUAAACCUUAACCUAAUUUGUUACACAUGAAUACUAAUCUAACACAAGAAUAAUACUGACUCGAUCACUGCAGAACGGUCCCUAUUUAACCUAGAGAUUGGAAUGCAUCCACCAGCUGUCUUCCUGGUACGGUGUCUGGCGAUUAAUUAUGUUAUGGCUUUCUAAUGAAGGCGACGAAGGUCUUUCUGGGAAAGCGUCUGGUCUGCAGCUCCCAAUGUUUGCAAUUCCACUGAUUGGGUUUAUGACUCAGGCC